AGAACAAAAAAUAAUGACUAUAAUAAGCUACAAUUCGGAGAAGAGGCCACGACUAUAAAUUAUGGUCAUAUUAAAAAGCAAUUGUUUCACAAACGACACAUCAAAAAUGGUGCUUGGAAAUAAUAUUUAAUUAUAAAAGACUAAUACAAAAACACAACUUCAAUGUACUCCGGGGUAGUAUUUGAAUCACGCCGCAAUGAAACCAAUACAAACACACAAUACAUCUUCAAUAAUCUUCAAACUUCCUUCUCCGUGCGACUUAAUUACUGGCACCAAUCUUCUUCAUCAUCUGCAGUAAUUACAAGAGAGCAUUUGGAAAUUAAUUCUGAGAAAAAAAAUAUAAUCAGUCCAUCUAGGAUUGCAAAUUGAACCCAUCUAAAGCGCUUUUAUUCGAAUUCGAAUUAAUCAAAAAAGAAACACAAACAUGGCGUGAAGAAAUAAAGAUGAAAAAAGCUCUGCAAAAACUCAACCAAGGGGUUUCAUCCAAAUUAAUCAAGAAACAAACUCAAAAAGCAAAAAAGAAAUAAAAUAUGAAACAUAUUCAGCAAAAAAUUAUGUAAAAUAACCCUUGGGAUCGGAAAUCGAACUCAUCUAAAAUCGAUUCCAACUAAAAUCAAUCAAGAAAAAGAUUAAAAGAUGAAAUAGAAGAAAAUUUCAGUAGUUUAUGUGGUUGAAUUUUGAUAGCCCGCUCAGCCAUCAACGCCGGUAGGCUCUGACAGCGGGCAGUCUUCAUCGCAGUAGAGCGGAGGAAAGGGGCUCGGGGAUAAUAAAUAUCAGCCGGAGAACCGCCAACUUCUCCGGCGGCGACCGGAGAGGGCAGCUCUGACCGCGCCGAUUCCCAUCCCAAAACCGCCGAUCGCAGCCGCCCCCCAGCUCAGAUAAGAUCAAGUAGUUAUGGAUUCUUCGCCCUACGUUUUCUUUUUAUAGACGCGGUUGCCAGUGGAAUUGUCUAAACCACCCCUGACGUGUACUGAGCUACCCGGGGUGUUUACGUCAAAUGGUUCACCCCCAUUCUCCCCUGCCUCCAACGCAAGAUAAGCCCACUCAAACCCUAUUUGUCAUCUCCCUCGCUUUCCUUCUCAUCUGACCGGUAAUCCCAUCUCUCUCUCUCUCUCUCAUCAAGGUCAGAUCUCCCAGUUCAAAUUUUUUCGAAUCGAUUGUGCUAACAGGGAUUGGGAUCGGAUGGGAAUCUAAGAUUGGAUCGGUGUUACUUGGGCAUUAGUCGUCUAAACUUUGAAGCCUCUGAGUAUGGCUGCUGAGCCUUCAAAGGUCAUCCAUGUCCGGAACGUGGGCCAUGAGAUUUCUGAGAAUGAUUUACUUCAGCUCUUUCAGCCAUUUGGGGUAAUAACUAAACUUGUGAUGCUAAGAGCCAAAAAUCAGGCUCUCCUGCAAAUGCAAGAUGUUCCUUCAGCUGUCAAUGCCUUGCAGUUUUACACAAAUGUGCAACCUAGCAUAAGAGGAAGGAAUGUUUAUGUUCAGUUCUCAUCGCACCAAGAGCUGACAACCAUGGAGCAGAACACGCAGAGCCGAGCCGAUGAGCCUAAUCGAAUUCUCUUAGUUACAAUACAUCACAUGCUAUACCCUAUAACCGUGGAAGUGCUGCAUCAAGUGUUUUCCCCACAUGGAUUUGUAGAGAAGAUCGUCACUUUUCAGAAGUCUGCUGGUUUUCAAGCUUUGAUUCAAUAUCAAACAAACCAAAAUGCAAUUACUGCUCGGAAUGCUCUUCAGGGCCGUAAUAUCUAUGAUGGCUGCUGUCAACUGGACAUUCAGUUUUCGAACCUAGAUGAAUUACAAGUGAACUAUAAUAAUGACAAAUCAAGGGAUUUCACCAACCCAAACCUACCAACUGAACAAAGGGGGAAAUCUUCUCAACAUGGCUAUGGAGAUGUUGGAGGGAUGUAUCCCUUACAAGCCUCAGUUGGAUUUCAUCAGAUGGGGAAUUCUGCUAUUGCAGCUGCAUUUCCCGGCGGGUUGCCUCCUGGAAUAAGUGGGACAAAUGAUAGGUGCACUAUUCUCGUUUCCAAUCUAGAUCCGGAUAGAAUAGACGAGGACAAGCUUUUUAACCUUUUCUCCAUAUAUGGAAACAUUGUCAAAAUCAAACUUCUACGCAACAAACCGGAUCAUGCACUGGUUCAGAUGGGUGAUGGUUUCCAAGCUGAAUUAGCCGUCCACUUUCUGAAGGGAAGCAUACUCUUUGGCAAGCGGUUGGAGGUGAACUUCUCAAAGCACCCUAACAUAACGGCCGGACCGGAUACUCACGACUAUUCCAACUCCAACCUGAACCGGUUCAACCGGAACGCCGCAAAGAACUACCGGUAUUGUUGCUCGCCAACCAAGAUGGUCCACCUGUCAACCCUCCCGCCCGACGUGACCGAGUUGGAAAUAGUGUCCCACUUGGAGGAGCACGGCGCCGUGGUCGGCAGCAAGCUCUUUGAGAUGAAUGGGAAGAAGCAGGCCCUUGUCCUUUUCGAAAGCGAAGAGCAGGCCACCGAAGCCCUUGCGUGCAAGAACGCGUCCUCCCUCGGCGGAUCCACCAUUCGGAUCUCCUUCUCUCAAUUGCAGAGCAUCUAAUUUUGGCACAAGAUUUUAAUGCCUCCCCUCUACUCAUUGUAUUCGACACUUUCUUCCUUUGUAACACUAGUUUCUUUUCUUCAUAGGGCCGUUUGGGUAAAGACUCUGAAACAAAACAAAAAAUAGUUUUUUCUUCGAAGAUAUAUCCUGAAAACAUUUGAAACUUGUGUGAGAAUCAAAGAGUUGCUUCAGCAAUCCUCUUUUCAUGGGUACAUUCCGAUCAGAAGUUAUAUUUCAUUUGGUAUUUGAUUUUUGAACUGUUUUUUAAACUUAAAUAUGACAGCAAACAAAAUUCAUUUGCAAGGUUUAUGGGUUAUCUA